AUGGUGGUGCACAACGCCGAGCUUCGCUUGGCGCUGUUUUGCCUCCUCCUGCUGCUGGCUGGAGCGAAGCCGACCCGGGAUCCUGCUGCGGCCAGCUGCAAAUUCCGAGGAAAACAAAGUGAGCUGAACUCCUUCCUGUGGACUAUAAAGAGAGACCCGCCAUCUUACUUUUUUGGUACCAUUCAUGUCCCUUAUACUCGGGUCUGGGAUUUUGUCCCUGAGAAUUCUAAGAAAGCCUUCCAGGACAGUCAUAUUGUCUACUUCGAGCUGGACCUCACAGAUCCCUACACAAUCUCUGCUUUGACCAGUUGCCAGCUCCUACCACAGGGCAAGAACCUUCAGGAUGUGCUCCCCAGGGACCUCUACCGCCGACUCAAGCGCCAUUUGGAGUAUGUCAAGCUGAUGAUACCUUCCUGGAUGACUCCAGAUCAACGAGGCAAAGGCCUAUAUGCAGACUACCUCUUCAAUGCUAUUGCAGGCAACUGGGAAAGGAAAAGGCCUGUUUGGGUCAUGCUGAUGGUGAAUUCUCUGACUGAGGUGGACAUCAAGUCACGGGGUGUACCUGUUUUAGAUCUCUAUCUGGCUCAGGAAGCAGAACGCCUCAAGAAGCAGACGGGUGCAGUCGAAAAAGUAGAGGAACAAUGCCAUCCAUUGAACGGUCUCAAUUUUUCUCAGGUGAUCUUUGCUUUGAAUCAGACCCUCUUGCAGCAGGAGAAACUCCGAGCAGGCAGUCUACGGAUUCCUCACAGUACAGAGGACCUUAUCAAGCAUUACAACUGUGGAGACCUCAACAACGUCAUCUUCAAUCACGAUACUUCCCAAGUCCCAAAUUUCAUCAAUGCAUCCCUGCAACCUCAUGAGCGCAUCAUGGCUCAGGAGAUUGACAGCUACUUCCGCCAUGAGCUUAUCUACAAACGGAAUGAGCGGAUGGGCAAGCGAGUAAAAGAUUUACUGGAAGAAUAUCCAGAUAAAAGCUUCUUCUUUGCAUUUGGAGCUGGUCAUUUCAUGGGCAACAAUACAGUCAUAGAUAUUUUGAGGAGAAAAGGAUAUGAAGUAGACCAUACAUCUGCUGGGCAAGCAAUCAGUGGAAAAAACCAACAGAAGUUCUUGUCUGCCCUCUCCUCAACAUCCCCAGAAUAUGCCUCUUACAUUAUCUCCCAAGAGAUCCAACAACAACAGGAGGAAGAAGAGGAGGAAGAGCUGUGGCCCGACACAUUAUUGCCCGAAAACAUGGACCUGCUGGAGAAAGCAGAGAGGAAAUACAACAAGAAGAAGAAACAGCAGAGGAAACAGCGCUUUCGUCAGUUCAAUGACCUUUGGGUACGCAUCGAGGAAAGCACCACCGAACCACCUCUGAGGAUUCAUAUAAUUAAUGGUUACAUUUCUGUGGAACCCCAGCCACGAGGACACAAGCAAUCCCGCCAUAUCCAGGCAGAAAUGAGCUCUUCUAGCAGACCCUUUCCAGUCUUCUUCACAUUGACUUUUGUGUUGCUUAUAAUAAUCUGUUGA